CUGGGCUGGGGGCGGCCCCGGGGGAGGCGCGGGCGGCGGCGGAGCGGCCGGGACUCGCACGUGACAGGGUGAUGCCAGCUUGAUCCAGAGCCAUGUCCAGGUACCUGAAGCACUUCACAGUGGUGGGAGACGACCCUGUACAGUGGAGCAACGACUAUCAGAAAUGGGAGGAGGAGGAGGAGGCGGCUGGGGAGAAUGGGGAGAAGACAACGGAUUCAGAGAUCAAGCUGGAGCCCUCCAGGAGCCGCAUCUCCUUCCAGGACAUGAUGAAAAGGCUCUUCAGCUCCCACAGGUUUCAGAUCCUGGUUGUAUGCUUGGUCAUCCUGGAUGCUUUGUUGGUCCUUGGGGAAUUGCUUAUGGACUUGAAAAUCAUCCAUCCGGACAAAUAUAAUAUCACCCCAAAGGUUUUCCACUACCUCUCCCUUUCCAUUUUAACCAUCUUCUUGGUUGAAGUGGGGUUUAAAGUCUUUGUCUACCGCCGGGAGUUCUUCCACCACAAGUUUGAAGUGCUGGACGGGAUCGUCGUCGUGGUGUCUUUCAUCCUCGAUGUCGUCCUCAUCUUCCGGGAGCAUGAGUUUGAAGCUGUUGGGCUGCUGAUCCUCCUGCGGCUGUGGCGUGUGGCCAGGAUUAUCAAUGGAAUCAUUUUGUCAGUGAAGACCCGCUCUGAACAACAAGUGUCCAAGCUAAAGCAAGCAAACCUGAAACUUGCAACAAAGGUUGAACAACUGGAACACAGCUGUGUAGAGAAGGAGCAAGAAAUUGAGAGGCUUAACAAGAUAUUAAAACAGCAUGGCCUCAUCAGCGAGCGAAAAUAGGAGGCUGGUUUUCCAAGGUGGGGAAGUCUGCCCUGGAGAAUUCAGUGUUGAAACCUACCAGUUUGACCUGAAUGUUUUUCCCGUCUCUCUGCUUUCUCCUGUGUAGUGUUGGCUAUAAACACUUUCUGUUUGACCACACUUUGAUUCGAUCUUGGGAUUGCAAAAAUAGUUCUGUUGAGAAAAUUAAUCAGGUGUACUCCCUGUAAACAGUGAUUUCAUAAGGCCUUUCUUGUACAGUUGUACAGUCAAAACUAUAAUUUAAUAAAGACCCAUCUUUCCAAGCUCUACAUCCAAGAAAGUACCAAUGAUUUUAAAUAAUUACAUUUUUCUGCGAGAACAUACUUUUUUUGCAACAUCUUGUAGAAACCUGAAGUACAAAUAAGAAUCCAAGCUGAAAAGGUCAUUUCCUCUCUGCAGGCCAACCGUUCAUCAUUAAUACAUCUCCUCUUUGCCAGCCAUUCUUUUCAUAUUGUUGGUAGUUUCCUUAUUUCUGUUGCUGCUUGUGCCACUUUGUUAUUUACAUAACAUUCAUUUAAAAAAUACCAACAUACCACUCCUUUAGCUGAUGAUCAAAUCAGCACCAAAAUAGAGGCAGACGUGCCAUCUUACGUCAAACAAUGCCUUGCUCUCAGCAGCAGAUUUGAGUUCGCAGACUGCCUUCUCUCAUCUCUUCUUCCAUUUUAAGUGUUCGUUUGCAGCCCGCUGGGCUACAAAGUUCCGUCUGCUUCCACAGCUCAUAAAUCAACACAUUAAAAGAAUUAGAAUAUGUAAGAACAGAUGUAGGUGAGAGGACUGCUGGGAACGGUUAGACUCCAGAAAAGCCAUUAGAAAGCAUAUUCUAAAGGACCAGGCUGUGGUGUUUGAACACAACGUGAACUUUUUCAGGUACUGGAAGGUUCCUGUGGUGAGACUAUUUAAAGUUGAAGAGUAAGAUUCAAUAAGUGAGAAUUUUGAAAGGUGUUGACUGUAGCAGGCGCCUCCAGUUGAUUUCAGCUGGAAGGGUCAUUGAGCUUUGCUGAAAGCACAACUUAACUUUUUGGGUUUUUAAAGAAAGGUAAUUAAUUAGUGGUUUGGGAAAAAAGAGCUCAAGAUACGUGGCUUACUCAUCUGUGAAAACAGACAAAGCAGAGGCCUUUUCUAAUAGCACAUGAUUACUUUAAUUAACAAUUUAGCUCUGCUGUUCACAGAAUAAUGAAGCCUGCUUUCCUUUGGAGCCGUACUGUGUCCCUGUACCCUUCCCUUCCCCUCCAGCCGCGACACUGCUCAGCCAGCAGCUUGGAGCAGCACCGCUUCAGAGCAUCCGAUGUGCUGGAAGGCCGAUGGCUCUACACGUGCUGACUGGCGAGCUGGAGCCACCAUCGAGUUCAUACUGCAAUCUUUUUUCCUCUCAGUAGAGGUAUAAUUAGGAACUUUCCAAUUAAUGUGGGGAUUUUUUCUGCCCUAAAGCUUCUGAGAAGCCUCAUAAGGGCUCACCCUCGCUCUCUUGGCCAAUUUUAACUCAGUGUGUCUACAAUUUAGAAGAAACUGAUGGCCCAUCACAGUGACUGAAUAAAUGUUGCUUCUUUAGGAAACGGGUUAACAAGCAGAAAA